ACCAGAAGGGGGAGAUUCCGGAACCGAAUGUAAAAGGACCUUUCUACCGGGAGCUUUCCGGACCCAGUUGCAUGAGGUACCUAGCCUGGUUACCCUGGUAACAAGAGUCACGGUUUGUGGAGAAGCCGAAAGGAGAGUCAUGUCUUUCCACAGACUCAAGAGGCCUAUUCACCUCAAUCAUGGAAUCGUCCUCAAAGGGUCUGCUCACCCAAGUUAAUCAGUUGUGGAACCUCUUAGAUGAUCUUGCUGAAAGUAACCCCGAGAGCUACAAGAAGUUCAUUCAACAGCAGCUGAAAGAGGGCAAACAGCUCUGUGCUGCCCCGGAACCACAACUCUGUCUACAAACAAGAAUCCUGAAACCAAAAGAAAAAAUACUUUUUAUCAACUUAUGUCAGUGGAAAAGGAUUCCAGUUCCACAAUCAACCACUCAUCCAAUACCUCUAAGUGUUGGCAGACCAGAAGAUAUGUCUGAAACAUCAGAUGUUUACACUGUCAUCGAUGUUGCCUACAACCCUGAUGUUCUCCAGGCAGCAGAGAAGGACCAAGUGAAAAAAGACCAAUUAAUACAGAUGGCCAUGAAAUGCAUUGAGGAACAAUUCCAGUUCACUCUCUCACACUUUUACCAUAUUACUAAAUUUAAAAUAAAAGGAAGCAUUCAAAGGAUGAAACAAAAUCUAAUGAGAAUCCAAACUGACCACACAGAUUUAAGAGAGAACAUGAGAAAGGAACUAACCCUUGAACAGAUAAGAAGUAGUAGUGUGAGCAAUCCAGAUCACUUCCCUCAACUUUUACUACCAAAAGACCAAGUUUCAGACAAAAAAGGGUGCCUGAUAGAAGAGAUUUCCAGUACAGAGAUCCAGGUAGACAUGGAGCGACCAGCCUAUGAAUUAAAAAUUGUGGCGGAUCAGAAUGAGAAACCACUGAAAAUGGAAUUAAAAGUUGAAUUACCUGGUAUUAAUUCAGUAUCUCUCUGUGACCUUAGUGUUUCUCAGGAUGAUUUAUUGAUUGAGGUUUCUGAGAAGUACAGAUUACAUCUGAAUCUUCCAGAAUCUGUGAAUACUGAAAUGACUACAGCAAAAUUUAUCAAAGAGAAAGCUACAUUAAUCGUCACAAUGCCAUUGGUGUAAGUCAAGAGCACUAUGUUUUUCAGGUUUUCAGUGAUAAUGUUAUGGGGAUUAUAGGACCUUCAUUAUGGGUGAAGAGAUAUUGAUUUAUCUUAAGCACUAGUUUCAUAUUUUCUAAGAAUUCCUUUUGAUGGAAUGAGAUUUUCUCAUCUACUGUUACCUUAAAAACCAAAAAAACAAAAACUCUCCUCAAAUAAAUUUGGCACCAAGCAAAAACUA